AUAGGGCUGAUGUGUCUGCUUCAUACAAAGCUGCUCAGUAAAGUUUUGUUGAAGGGGAGGAGAAAAAACAAACAAACACCCAGUGGGAAUCCGGCCAGGCGAGGGUAGAAGGAAGUGAAGGAGCCGCAGCCUGAGUCCUGAGAGCCAGGGUCAAAAGCUGAAGCCAAAUCUGACAAACGGGAGGCUCAGAUCAAACUUUAACCCGACUCUUUGAUGUGGAGCAAAAAACAAGUGCAACAGAUCAAGUGAGGGCUCAUUUACUGCGAGACCAUCUGGAGAGAACUAUGGCAGCCACAGAGCUGGGUCAGGCUGUGAAUAACCUGUCUGUUGUUGUCCAUAAAGUUGGAGAUCUUCGCUUGGAAAAUCGCCCAGUUCCUGAACCUGGUCCAAAUGAGGUUUUGCUGCGGAUGCAUUCAGUUGGAAUAUGUGGGUCAGAUGUACACUACUGGCAACAUGGUCGCAUUGGUGAUUUUAUAGUGAAAAAACCUAUGGUUCUUGGACAUGAAGCCUCGGGGACAGUGGUAAAAGUGGGAUCCUCAGUGACUCAUCUGAAAGCAGGUGACAGAGUGGCCAUUGAACCAGGAGUUCCAAGAGAAAAUGAUGAGUUCUGCAAAAACGGGCGCUAUAACCUGUCUCCCACUAUUUUUUUCUGUGCCACACCACCUGAUGAUGGGAAUUUAUGUAGAUACUACACACACAACGCCAGCUUUUGCUAUAAGCUUCCGGACAAUGUAACAUUUGAAGAAGGUGCCCUGAUAGAACCUCUCUCUGUUGGAAUCCAUGCCUGCAGACGAGCUGGAGUUACACUUGGGAGCAAAGUGUUUAUUUGUGGUGCAGGACCUAUUGGCCUUGUUUCUCUAAUUGUCGCAAAGAUGAUGGGAGCGUCCCAAGUAGUUAUAAGUGAUUUAUCACCGUCAAGACUAAUAAAAGCCAAAGAAGUGGGAGCAGAUUUUAUUUUGCAAGUUGCCAAAGAGACCCCUCAGCAGACUGCUCAGAAAGUUGAAGAGUUAUUAGGAUGCAUGCCUGAGAUCACUAUUGAAUGCACUGGGGCUGAAGUUUGUGUACAAACAGGAAUCUAUGCAACACGCUCUGGCGGGACUUUAAUACUUGUUGGUAUGGGUCCACCAAUGGUCAAUGUGCCUAUUGUAAACGCUGCUGUGCGAGAGGUUGACAUCAGGGGUAUUUUCAGAUACUGCAAUACGUGGCCAAUGGCUAUAUCUAUGUUGGCAUCUAAAAGAGUGAAUGUGGCUCCUUUGGUUACACAUCGCUUUCCCUUAGAAAAUGCUCUAGAAGCAUUUGAAACCACAAUGAGAGGAGAAGGAGUGAAAGUUAUGCUGAAAUGUGACCAGUAUGAUCAGAACCCAUAAAAUAAUUAAUUCAUAUGUUUUUACAUUUGAGGACAUCUAGUAGUAAUGUAAUAAAAAUGAAAUGUAUCUUGCAUGUGAUUGUAAAAGUGCAUCAUGCACACUUACUAUUCUAUAAAAAAAACUUAAUGAUUCCCACCGAUCAAGUUUCCUUGUGUUACCAAACUGAUAAAAACCCAUGUAGUUUUGCAAUAUAAAUGUAAUAAUCAAAUGGCAGAAUUUGACUUGCCUGUUAAAUGGGGUUUUCCCAGCUCACAAAGUUACCCUCUUAUCCCAAGGAUAGUAGAUAACUAUCUGAUCCCAGGAGGUCAGACUGCUGAGACCCCUCACGAUCUAAAGAAUGGGGACAAGAGUGCCCGGUUAUUAUGGACUGGCAAGGUGACGCAUGCUAGCAGUCACGCCAUUAAUUUCCUAUGGGAUCGGCUGGAGAAAGGAAAGUCCAGCGUUCAGGUGUCUCUGUGGUUUCCAUAGAAAAUGAAUGCUUUGGUGGCACACAUGCAUGACCUGCCACUCCAUUAUAAUGGGAAACUUGGAGUAUUGAGAUUGUGGGUUGUUCCAUAUUUAUCUUCUAUCCUGUGGAUGGCUUUGUGAGUUGGUAAACCACUUUUAAGCAUAUUUUUGUCAUAAUAAAGGUAAUUGUGAUUUCUUUCACAAAAUGUUUUGCAAUAUUGCACCCAAUAAUGAUCUAUCAGUGCUAUAUUUGGCUAAUUUUCAGGUGUGUGCUUUACCUUUACUCCAUUAAGCUUACAGGCCGCAACCAGAUUGCUGUUGUUACUAUUAAAAUAACACCCCCUUUGUGUCAUUCAGGAAGUGUUUGCUUGAGUUCUAAGGAACAAUAGGGUUGGGAAACAAUAAAUUGAGCUAUGCAAAAUGUUGGUUGGAAACAUAAAAAGCUGUAAUGAUUAACAGAAUGAUGUCUUAACUUUAAAAUGUGAAUGGUUAACACAUGUUUUUACUAACCGUAUUUUAUCUGUGUUUUAUCUAACCUAGUCAAUGUAGAGAAAGCAAGAUUCAUGCUUUUAAUAAACUGUAUAAUGUCACAUGAGGUGUAAAUGAUCGUGACAGUUCUGCUUCACGACAUUACCAUUGACUUGGUAUUCGUAGAAUCUAGAUUUCUAGUUCAAACAGGGUUGCGCAUUGAGAUCAGCUUUUAUUGUUGAGAGGCCCUCAUAGAUAUUGGGAUUUCAACAGCUUGCUGGUAGAGGAUAAAUGGUGUUGUCCGGACCCAAGAAAUAUGUGCUCACUGCUCUACUGGCUGGGAUUCAGAUUGUGUUUGUACAAGACUAGUGGGCCUGCUCUCCAUUUUAUUGAUGUUUAUGUCUAUAUGAGGAACUGGCAGUUUGUAGGAGACAAGAUAGGUUUAAGAUGUUGACCAUGAGAGUUUGAUCCAAAGGCUUUUUACAUUGUGUGAAUGGUAGGGAUCUGCCACUUGCCAAGUGUAAGUUGUCUUUUUCUUCCUCCCGGAUGCCUGUGUAAUGGUGCUUUACCCGAUUUAGUUCCAUUUAUAUUUUAGUUAAACAAAAUAAAUCUCUAUUGCAUAAAUACAUGAUGGAUAGAAAAGAGUAAAUAAUUUUUCUGAUUAUUUUAUUUGUCAAUACACAUUCAUCAGCCCAUAGAAUACAAUGAGGUAGCAAAGUCUGUAUUCUACUCUUGUAUUCACCAAAAGCAAAUCUCUAAUCUAGCAGUUUGAUACAACCAGUACAUACUAAUGGUCAACGUGCAGAACCGAUUGAAUACCACAAUCCGCUCACCUCCUGAUGCAUUCUAUCGAGCUGUCAGUAAUCUUCACACUUUCUUCAUAGUGUGACAGAACAGAGCUUGGGGAUAUUGAUAGACAGUAAACUUAACUUAGGCUGGGUUCACAUCACGUUUUUGCCAUUCUGUU